UUGAACGUAGCGGGAGUGUCGUGCUCAUUUCUGUUUAGGCUACAAUUGUUGUAGCUCUCUAUCGCAAAGUGGUGUUGAUUAUGAGCCAGAAUUAUCCAGUUAAACUCUGUAUUUUUUGCUGAUCUGAUUUAUUUAAUCAUUCAUUGAGCAGUUCUUUGCAGAGGAUAAAACCGAAGAUGACAUCUAAAAUCAAAGUGGGGAAAGUCGUCUCGAAGAAUAAAGAAGACGCUCCUUAUGAGCUGGAGAGUCAAUUUGUUCUGAGGCUUCCGUCGGAGUACGCCUCGACAGUGAGACGGAUUGCACAGUCAAGCAGCAUGAACAUGAAAGACAGACUCACCAUCGAGUUGCACCCUGACGGCCGCCAUGGCAUAGUCAGAGUGGACCGGGUUCCUCUGGCCUGCAAGCUGGUGGAUCUGCCCUGCAUGAUCGAGUCUCUCAAAACAGUGGACAAGAAGACGUUCUACAAGACUGCUGAUGUCUGCCAGAUGCUGGUAUGUACACUAGAUGGAGAUCUUUACCCCCCUUUGGAAGAGCCAACUGGCACUGACCCCAAGAACAAAAAGAAAGACAAAGACAAAGACAAGAAGUUUGUCUGGAAUCAUGGCAUCACCUGCCCCCUGAAGAACACGCGUAAGCGCAGAUUCCGGAAGACCGCCAAAAAGAAGUACAUUGAAUCUCCUGACGUUGAAAAGGAAGUGAAGAGACUGCUGAGCACAGAUGCUGAUGCUGUCAGUGUCCGAUGGGAAGUUAUCGCAGAGGAUGAGUCUAAAGAAGCGGAUCAACACGGCUCACUGGCCAAUCUCGACUCCUCACCCGGAACCUCCGGGCACAAGAUGGGUCAUGGAUCCUCUGUCCAGCACGACGAACUGAGGGAGAUCUUCAACGACAUCAGCAGCUCCAGCGAGGAUGAGGAGGACGAGGGCGACCGACACGAGGACGAAGACCUGAAUAUCAUGGAUACAGAGGACGACCUGGUGCGACAGCUCCAGGACAACCUGAACGAGUCUGAUUCUGCUCAGCACGAAAACGACCGAAACAACCAGAUAGUUAUGGAGUAUCAGGUGCAGAUCAACAGCGUCAAGGCCAAGCUUCAGGAAACCCGCGCCCGAAAGAAACAGCAGGAGGAGCUCAUCAUGAAGGUGGAGAACCAGGCCCUCAAAAACCGCUUCCAAGCCUUGCUGGAUGAGAUUAUACAGCAGGAAGAGCGGGAGAUGGAGCAGCUGGCCUCCCUACAGGAACAGCUGGACUCACUGAUAGAGAAGUGACCAGCAGGGGGCAGUCUGACGUCAUCUUCCGCCCGACACCUUCAGGAGGAUCCACAGAGGAGGGAGCCUUUACUUGCUGUGUCAUUCCUCUCUUAUGUCAGUUUAAUACAUUACAUUUACUGCACUCUGGUUCCGGUGAUAAAAGUGACACUUUUUUAUGACGCCAACUGUAAUCGUGCACUGUAUAAGUCACCUCGUAAUUGUAUACGGUUAGAUGGUUAGCCUUGAGUGUGGAUGUCGCCUGUUUUGUUUGUCAUCUUAAAACUAAGGCUAAAUCAUAUCAUAUCAGCUCGUUGUUUCUGCUUCCAUUAUGUGAAUGAAAAAUAAAUGACAUCCUUGUAGAAUGAAUUAGCUGUGAACUUUUGAAGAUUGCUUCUAAUAUGUCGUAUGUUGGCCACAUGAGAGCUGUUUCUUCCAGUUUGUGUCGUCUCGAGUUAAUCCAAACAGCAUCAUUUGGGUUUAACUGGUACCUCAAUAAUUCAUUAAAAUCCAUGAAAAGUGUUGAACCUCUGGAUGGUAUUCUGCUGAGAUGAUCUAAAACGAUAGCCUCUUAUAUUUUGCAUACCUGGAUGUGUUUUAUUUGCAAAGAAGAAACAAAAAUUAGCUGAGUUAUUUCGAAAUAAACUAAGAUCUUGCAAAGUGAUUUGAUUAUAGUGACUACUGUCACUAUAAUCAAAUUAUGGCAAGAUUUCUCAUUCAUCUGAUUUAAAUGAUGAAAAAUAUUGUGUGUGAGUAAUCCUAAACACACAAAAUAUCCCUCCACCUUCCCUGCUUUGUCUGUCACCUAAUUUUUAAAAAAAUGUGAUUUUAUCAGGUAAUAUAUGUUGCACAGUAGAUGAGGAUGUAAAAAUUAGACAAAAGAGCAAUGAAAAAAUAUUUUCUUAUAAAGAAUUCCUGUUUAUUUUUUGGGAUAACUUUAAAAGAGCUCACUGAUUCUGUUGUCCUAAUCUCUCCAGGCAGCUCCUUCUACGACUUUAAUUCUCUGCCACCUCUGGAUUUUAGCUUCAGGCACAGAUUAGAGUCUGUUGGGGCUGGAGUCAGCACACGCUUGUUUAAGACCAACAGGUCAGAUAUGUGACCUCUGAGAGCCUGGAAAGUCUUCAGUAAAAUGAUCCUAUUGUUUUUCUUUAAAUCAUAAUUUGAUGGUCAUUUAAGGACUAUGUCUAAUUAUGUGAAAUGAUGAUUGUUUUCAAUCUUGAGAGUCAUGGAGGAAAACCCAGGAACGUGACAAUUUCGAAAGAGAAAAAUGUGGCAGCAUGUUUACAAGUCCCAAAUCCCCAAAACAUCUUUUUGGACAGAUGGAACACGAGUAUUUUAGGUAGUCACUUCAGCUUCAUAUUCACUGGGAAAUAAUUAGCCCCACACCAAAAGAAAGCUUUGACACAUAAAAGCAAAUCGGUUGGGUGUCAGCUUGUGAUGUGGGUUGAAGAUGCUUCAAAUCUGUAAGAAGCAUUUUGAAAUCAAAAAUCAUCUGUCUGGUGUCAGCUGUAGGUCACGGUUAAUGACCUGAAACAAACAUUUAUAAUCAUUAUGGAGAAUUGGACCAUUCUGAAGCUCCCUGCGGUGAGUCCUGAACUUAAUACAAUUGAAAAUCUAUUAAAAGACUUGAAGCUGAAUUGAGCCGCUGGACUAAACUACCAGUGGAGAGAACAAAAGGGUCCAUGAGAUUGCAGACAGAUUACCUUACUGUUCUGAUUGCCUCAAAAGGGCGAGCAAAAAGUAAGGGUCUGUCUUGUUGCUUGCCUGUGAUAAGAGAAGAAAAAAAACUGCUUGCUAUAGAAAACUGAGCUGCUUUAACCGUGUCAUAUUAUUUCAGGGGUUGUUUUUUCAAUAGCAUUAAUUAUCUUUUUCAUGUUUGCAUCGGGGCAUUUCCUCCAAGACAUAUAUAAUAAAUCUAAACAUUUC